AUGUCCCAUCCGCCGUCGACACCGGCCAAGAUCCCGGUAUCAGCCGCUACUUACACACCCGCAACGAUGGAUCCGGACCUGCGGUCGCAGAUCAAUACGCUGCUGCUGAAAGAUGGGCUCGUUACCAAGAUCCAAGACCACCUCCUCCACUCCCUCGACGCCCACAACACCAACUGGCCGUCGGCCAUCCAGACACACGCGCUCGCGCUCCUGCGGUCGGGCGAGGUGAGCACAUUCCCGGCGCUCAUGCGGCGGGUGCUCGACGACGUGCGCCACGACACGGCGACGGUGAACGCAGCGGCGGCGGCCGCCGGCAGCAAUCCAGCAGCAGCACCCUCGUCAGCGACGACCAACAACAAUACCUCCUCAUCCUCCUCAUUCGCGAUGGCAAACGCAAAUACGGACUCGGCGACCAAGAACGGCAGCGACACUGGCAGCACAACUAAGAGCGACCUCAAUGGGGCGGCGUCAUUGACGACGAAUGGUAACGCCUCCAAGACGGGCGUCAACGGCGCGAGUUUUUCGGGGAGCGGGUCUGAUGGCGGCGGCGGUGGUGGUGGUGGUGGGACACCCAACCUGGCGAUACCAACCUCGGUCGUAGAGGCCGUGCUGAAGUACACACGGGACAACCUGGAGACGGUGUGCGGAGUGGACGACGACGACGAUGAUGACGGGACGGGCGGUUAG